AUGGAUGAUUUGGACUCGCUGCUCAGUGACCUGGAAAAGGCGACCACACACUUGAAAAAGCAACCUGGUACCACAUCUGGCUGGAAAAUGUCCACUCCGGCCGACAUCACCACCACUACGGCCCCCAAACUCUCCAAAAACUACGAAUAUUACGGAAGCGAUGAGGUUGUCAUCAAAAAUAGUGACCAUAUGUUUGUGAAAUGUCUCAAAAUUCUGUUAUUCCUAUCCCCCCCGGCGCUCAACUACUUGUCCGUCGCACCGGCAGCCUCUCUAUCAAAACGAAAUAAUGGCCCGAAAGUCAGGCCCCAAAUCGCCAGGCAAGUCGUUUGCGUGACGAAUGGGAACUCCGGAUAUUAUGGACGGGACAGGAGCGACAGCACUCAAGUCAAUCAACUGAUCCAUAAUCUCGAACAUAAUCUCCAUAACCCUCAUAGUCCGACUCAUGUACACCACGUGCAUACCAGUCCCGUGCAUAAGUCUCCACCGGCUGCCAGAAGCCCAGUACAUGUGCACUCACAUUCACCCGCAACCGCCCCUCUGGGACACCGGCCAUACCAGGCCAGGAUCACUGACACCGACGCCGGACUACUCAUUGAGUCCUAUAAACCCAGAUGUCAGACGAGUAAUACCGUGACCAGCGAACAGCCCCAACGAGGGAUCCUUAGUUCGCCCAAACAGGUACAGCACGUGCACACGGGAACGGGUGCCUCGAAUGCCACGCAAGAGCUGGACGACCUCAUGGCAUCCCUGUCCGACUUUAAGCUGAAGGACAGACCGAUCGGUAGCUCAGACUACGGCAAAGUGUCGUCCAAACCGGCGACAACACCGGGCGGUCAACAGUUGGAUAACAUUAUAGGUUCGCUGCAGUCAGACAUGAGCCGACACGGGGUCGACACCGCAGCCAAGGGUCACUGCCAGGCCUGCCAUAAGCCUAUCGUAGGUCAGGUGGUGACCGCACUGGGCAAGACCUGGCACCCGGAGCACUUCACUUGCCUUAACUGUGGCAUAGAGUUGGGAACCAAGAACUUCUUCGAAAGGGACGGCAACCCGUACUGCGAGACUGAUUAUCACAACCUAUUCUCCCCGAGAUGUGCCUAUUGUAACGCUUCCAUACUUGAUAAAUGCAUAACGGCGUUGGACAGGACGUGGCACCCUGAGCACUUUUUCUGCGCCCAUUGUGGCAAAAACUUCGGCGACGACGGCUACCAUGAAAAGGAUGGUCGACCCUAUUGUCGCACCGACUACUUCGAGCUGUUCGCCCCCAAGUGCGGCGGUUGUAAUACAGCCAUUACCGACAACUACAUAUCGGCGCUCAGCACCCAAUGGCACCCGGAGUGCUUCGUGUGCAGGGACUGUCGGUCGCCGUUCAACGGGGGCUCCUUCUUCGACCACGAGGGACAGCCCUACUGCGAGACCCACUAUCACGCCAAACGGGGCUCCCUGUGCGCCGGCUGCCACAAGCCGAUCACCGGGCGCUGCAUAACCGCCAUGUACCGCAAGUAUCACCCGGAGCACUUUGUCUGCUCAUUCUGUCUCAAACAGCUAAAUAAGGGCACGUUUAAGGAGAACAACGACAAACCCUAUUGUCAUAACUGUUUCGACAAACUGUCUGCGAUCACUAUAUUUCCCCAAAGGGUAGGGAAACGGGAGUUCAGAGUCUGGAACUUGCAGUUGAUUUCAUACGCUGGCUAUGCGGUGGAGGGCUCACCGGCACCGGUAUCAUCAGCCACUAAAAUCAUCGGAGACCCACUGAAUCUCGAGUUUACUCAAUUGUGCGAAAGCCUUGGCUGGAAAUCCAAGCGCACGAAAUGGGAUGUCUUACCGCUGGUGCUGUCGGUGCCCGACGAAGAUCCACAAGUAUUCACACUCCCGGAGGAACUGGUGGUUCGGGUACCUAUCGUGCAUCCCAGAUAUAAGUGGUUUGAGGAGUUGGAUAUACAAUGGUAUGCCUUACCGGCCGUUUCCAACAUGAUGUUCGACGUGGGAGGCCUAGAAUUCCCUGCCUGUCCAUUCAGUGGCUGGUAUAUGGUCACGGAGAUCGCUACCAGAGAUUUAUGCGACCCUCAGAGAUAUAAUAUACUAGAGGAGGUGGCCAGACGUAUGGGUCUGGACGUGCGGACCAACACCUCGCUCUGGAAAGACUCGGCUAUAGUCGAGAUAAACAUAGCUGUCCUCUACAGCUACCAGAGGGCUAACGUGACAAUUGUGGACCACCACACGGCAGCUGAAUCAUUCAUGAAGCACCUGGAUAACGAGCAACGACUAAGGGGUGGGUGCCCGGCCGACUGGGUAUGGGUGGUGCCGCCCAUAUCGGGCUCAUUGACGCCGGUGUUUCACCAGGAGAUGCUCUACUAUGAGCUCAAACCCAGCUAUGAAUACCAGGAGCCCGCGUGGCGUACCCACGAGUGGCACCAAUUGCCCGGCACUCGCAUGGAUAGGAGGGGUAGCAGUAAUGGUGGGACACCCAGGAAGUUGCGGUUCAAGGAGAUCGCCCGGGCUGUCAAGUUCACGUCCAACCUGUUUGGGAAGGCCCUGUCCAAGCGUAUUAAGGCUACCAUACUGUACGCCACUGAGACGGGAAAGUCGGAGCUGUUUGCCAAACGGUUGGCCCAUAUAUUUCUGCACGCAUUCAAUGUUUCGGUGCUGUGUAUGGACACGUACGACAUGUCGCACCUAGAGCACGAGGCACUGUUACUCAUAGUAACAAGCACAUUUGGCAAUGGAGACCCGCCAGAAAAUGGGGAGGUAUUCGCGCGACAAUUACAGGCCAUUAAAGUGACGGGCGAUACGACCCCUGACAUCGAGAGUGUCCGCAAUAUUAACACCUCUUACCUGAGGAUAUCUGUCGACUCAUCCGAUAUGCCUAACUCUGUGGCCCACGACGAUGGCAUCACACCUAUCGGCCCCCUCAGUAAU